AUGAUCGAGGACAAGGCUCGCCAAGGGGCCAGCGACGCGGCGGCAGCGGCCCGGGGGGAGCCGUGCCCCCGGCCCCCGCUGCCCCGGAGCUGCGCGCUGCUGGGCGGCGUGUCCCUCUUCUCGCUGGCGCUCAGCCUCCUAGUGCACUUUCGGAGCGCGGAGCUGCAGUCCCGCCUGGGCCGGCUGGAAGCCGAGCAGCGGCGCCCGCCCCCGCAGCAGCCCCCGCAGCCCCCCGCCUGGCUGGCCGCGCACCAAAUGGAGGAGGCUAUUUUGGGAAGAGUCAACCAGCUGCUGGAGGAGAAACUGAAACUUCAUUUGACCAGGCGACGAGAGCCCCGGGAUACAUCGUUGAGAUGUAACUGUCCCCCAGGACCCCCUGGUCCGGCAGGAAAACCUGGACUUCCGGGAGACAAAGGCGCCCUUGGGAUCCCGGGACGAGUGGGACUCAAGGGCCAACCAGGAGAGAAGGGAGCCCCAGGAGAUGCUGGAAUGUCUAUUAUUGGUCCUCGUGGUCCCCCGGGUCAGCCCGGCACAAGAGGCUUUCCUGGAUUUCCGGGCCCCAUCGGCUUAGAUGGCAAACCGGGUUACCCUGGACCGAAGGGGGAGAUGGGUCUAUCAGGUCCCAAGGGACAACAGGGACCCCCAGGACCAAAAGGAGAAAAGGGUCAAUGUGGUGACUAUCCACACCGGGAAUACCUAAGCACCACCCUGGCAGCCCUGCGUUCCAACCAGAUAAUUACCCUGAAGGGUGAACAGGGACAAGCAGGCAUCCAAGGCCCCCCUGGGCCACCUGGUCCCCCUGGACCUUCUGGACCUAUUGGACCUCUGGGUAACCCGGGAGAGCCAGGGCCCAUGGGGCCACCCGGCAAAGCAGGAGAGCCAGGGAAGCCAGGCAAGGAUGGAAAGGGUUUACCUGGAUCUCCUGGACCAAAGGGAGACCCCGGAAUUCAGGGAUAUCAUGGACGAAAGGGGGAGAGGGGCAUGCCCGGGAUGCCAGGAAGGCCGGGACCCAAGGGGGCUCCAGGGACAGCUGCCUUCGGGAUGAAGGGUGAGAAGGGGAGUGCUGGCAGCCCCGGCCUGCCUGGAUUCCUGGGCCAGAAGGGAGAGAAAGGAGACGCAGGUAAUUCCAUUGGAGGAGGCCGAGGGGAGCCGGGGCCCCCGGGGAUACCGGGGCCACCAGGACCAAAGGGAGAAGCUGGCACCAGUGGCCAGACGGGGCCUCCUGGGAGGCAAGGAGACAAGGGAGAAAUCGGAUCUCCUGGAGAACAGGGACCCGCUGGUCCAAAGGGUGCCAAGGGAGAGCCAGGCAAAGGAGAAAUGGUGGAUUACAAUGGAAACAUCAAUGAAGCUCUCCAGGAGAUCCGAACUUUGGCCUUGAUGGGACCUCCUGGACUCCCAGGGCAAAUGGGCCUCCCAGGAGCUCCUGGUGCACCGGGACAAAAGGGGGAAAUUGGUCUGCCAGGUCCUCCAGGACAUGAUGGGGAAAAGGGACCUCGAGGAAAGCCAGGAGAGAUGGGGGCCCCCGGUCCUCAAGGACCACAAGGAAAGGAUGGACCUCCAGGGCUAAAAGGAGAAAAAGGAAAUGUGGGGACACCUGGAGAGAAAGGGGAGGCAGGACAAGUUGGCUCCCCGGGUCUUGAUGGCCCCACCGGAGAGAAAGGAGAACCAGGUGACCAAGGGAGACCAGGAGCCGCAGGAUUGCCUGGUCCAAUUGGGCUCCCAGGAUUUACAGGAGAGAAAGGAGAACCUGGAGAGAAGGGUGACCCAGGAGCAGAGAUAUCUGGACCACCAGGGCCCCAGGGCCCCCCAGGACCUGCAGGUCUCCAAGGUGUUCCUGGACCAAAGGGGGAAGCUGGACUUGAUGGAAUGAAAGGAGAGAAGGGUGUCCAGGGAGAAAAAGGAGACCGAGGUCCAUUGGGAUUGCCUGGUGCUUCAGGUUUGGACGGCAGGCCUGGGCCACCGGGUACUCCAGGACCAGUUGGGGUUCCCGGCCCAGCAGGACCAAAAGGGGAAAGGGGCAGCAAAGGAGACCCAGGGAUCACAGGACCAAUGGGAGCCGCUGGGCUUCCUGGUUUGCACGGACCACCCGGUGACAAAGGAAACCGGGGGGAGAGGGGGAAGAAAGGCUCUAGGGGGCCUAAAGGGGAUAAGGGAGACCAAGGAGCACCUGGAUUAGAUGCCCCCUGUCCAUUGGGGGAAGAUGGUUUGCCAGUCCAGGGCUGCUGGAAUAAGUGAUGGCCCUAACCUUGGAUUGGCCUGUGUGUGUGUUUGUACAUAGGAUAUUUAUUUUUAUACAGUUUUCUCUUUUUGGAAAUGCCAGACCUUAUGAUGCAUCUUUUACAGAUUAUCCCCCACAAAAAAAGCACCCUGCAUUUUUGUACAGAAAUUAUUGAACAUUCCAUUCCCCUUCCUGUCUCCAAGAUUUUUUGGUAUAAUUCUUUGUCCAUGAUGCACGUUUUGUUUGUGAGCACAGCUUCAAUGUUUGCAUGAUAUUUGUGCACCCUCGUUAAUUAACUGUUGGAGUUUUAAUAAAUUAUUGCAUUACCGGGCCAAAGGGAGCUGUCCAGCACCAAAGUGCUGGCUAGUUCAUGAGUGAGUCCAGAGAAAUAAUAUGAAGGUCAAUGGUAUUUGCCACGCCAGGCAUGCAGGAGAAUAUUUUAAACACAUGGAAUUUUCAUUAUUAAAAAUGGAACAUGAUAACUUCUGAUCCUUUUUGGUCAUUAAAUAUAUCAAGAGGCCUGUUUUUAAAAACAUAUAAAAAAUAGCACACCCACAUAUCUCUGUAAUCUGAAGUGCUAUUGCUUUUGUCAACAAAUCAAAAUCAACAACCAUGUAUUAAACACCUUUUGUGUUAAAGCACUAUUCUAGGCACUGUGGAAGAUAGAAGAUUUAGAUGUAAUAUAGUUCAAGCCUCAAUGGAGCUUAUAGUCUAACUGAAGGAUGUAACACAAACCAAUCAUAACACACCAUUA